CCAUAAUGGGUACCAGAGGAUUUCCAAACCAAAAAUGAAAAGCAUUUGAUUUCAUUAAAAGAAAAUGUGGUUCACACUGAAUGAGGUGUUUUCUCCUAUGAUUCUCUUGAUAGCUUAUCUUCUAUCAUGUAAGGAUACAGUUGCAGCACAUCGGAAGCUAACAGCAUUGCCUUCCCAGAGAAGAUCGACAAGGCAAACUGGGACAUCUGUUCCUGUCUCCUGUCGCCUAAGCCAAUGGUCAGGAUGGACAGAGUGUUUUCCCUGUCAAGGUAAAAAGCACAGAUAUAGAACUUUGCUACAGCCAGCCAAAUACCAGGGGAGCAUAUGCACUGGCCAUCUUUGGGAUGAAGCAGCAUGCCAGCCAACAGGAACAUGUGCUGUGGGCCAAGACUGUGGAACUGAUUUUCGGUGUGAGGAGAGUGGCCGCUGCAUUAAACGCCACCUUGUAUGCAACGGAGAGCCAGACUGUAAAGAUGCGUCUGACGAGGCUGAUUGUGAGGACGCCGAACGUUUCUGUGAUGAUCUAUAUCCAGUCCCAGGGAUCAGCAAAGCGGCGCAGGGAUACAAUAUCCUUACACAAAAAGGAGCACAGAUAGUGUACGAUCCUACCUACUAUGGGGGCCAGUGUGAAUCUGUCUAUAAUGGAGAAUGGCGAGACCUGAAGUAUGAUGCUAUGUGUGAACGCUUAUACUAUGGGGAUGAUGAGAAAUAUUUUCGAAAGCCAUACAAUGUCCACUUUUAUCAGUUUCUAGCUCAUGCUGAUUCUGGCUUUUCUUCAGAGUUUUAUGAUGAUUCCAAGGAAUUACUGAAUGCCCUAAAAAAGGACUCCUCUGGCAGUAGAGGUGUUACAUUUGGUAUAGGCCCCACUGAAGUGCCUGUGACAUUAAAUUUAGGUUUCAGUUUAUCAUGGUCUCAGGGGACUCUGAAUAAUAUUACGGACUAUGCAGCAAAGAAUUUAGGAUUCAUUCGCGCUACUACCAAAGUACAAACAGCCCGCUUCAAGAUGAGACGAGACCACAUAGUACUGGAUGAAGACAUCCUUCAGUCGUUGAUGGAACUUCCAGAUCAGUACAACUAUGGGAUGUAUGCCAGGUUUAUUAAUGAGUACGGCACCCACUUUGUGACAUCUGGGACCAUGGGAGGCAUCUUUGAAUACAUCCUGGUAGUUAACAAAGAGGAAAUGAGGAAAAGAGCUGUUUCAAGCCAGACGGUAAGCUCCUGUUUCGGUGUGUCAAUUGGCCUCAGCUUUACAGUUGAAGAAGUAGAUCUAACAGUCGGUGCCAAGUGGUCAAAAAAUGACUGCUCAAGGGUUGGAGACUAUUCUAAAGACAGUAGCGAGAAAAAGUCAUUCAUAGAGGAUAUUAUUCCCCGGGUUCGAGGUGGAGAUGCAGCAUCAAUUGGCAGACUCUUGGGAAGCUGGAAUGCCAAUUCAUACCGUUACUGGGGGAGGUCAUUAAAACUUAAUCCCACUGUUAUUGAUUUUGAGCUACAACCCAUAGAUGAAAUACUGCAUAGGACUGACCUUGCCCAUAUUGAAACCAAAAGGAGAAACCUGAAAAAGGCUUUGGAUGAAUACUUAAUGGAGUUCAAUGCCUGCCGCUGUGGUCCAUGCCAGAACAAUGGCGAACCAGUGCUGAUGGGGUCCUCCUGUGUAUGUGAGUGCCAGGAAGGUUCACAGGGUCCAGCAUGUGAAAACACAAGUCGAACAGGUCAUCCAACAGAUGGUAGCUGGAGCUGCUGGACACCAUGGGCUCCUUGUCAAUCUGGAGCCAGAAGGCGUACAAGGCAGUGUGCUAACCCACCUCCUCAAAAUGGUGGAGCAGUGUGUGCAGGCAGGAGUGUACAAACAGCAGCAUGCUAAUGUCUUGCCAUCAGUGGAUUCACGCUCAUGAUAUCAAACAGGAAAAUGUAUGACUGAGUUCUUAUUCCACAUUGGACCAUAAACUCCUAUAAUAAACCCAUAGGAGAUAUCUAACAGGGAAAAUAAAAAGUAACAGUCCUGAGGCUUAAGAA